AAUUCAAAUUACGCCUCGCUUUGUAGAUCUACCAACAGUCGCAUAUGGAGACUCCGAUCGAUUGCACAUACAUUGCUUCUUUAUCCGAAGCUUGAAGAAGCUCUCAUCAAUGCCGUUGCCAUCAGCUGACGGAGAAUUCAAUCUUACGCAAUCUUCUCACUCUCAGCCUCCUUUCACGAUGGGGGAGUACACAUUUGCGGAUGCGGGGAAUUUGGAGCAUUGUGCCAAGUACUUGAAUCAAUCGCUUGUUACGUAUGGAUUUCCAGCUUCUCUGGAUCUUUUUGCAAAUGACCCUGUUUCCAUAGCACGGACUUGCAAUUGCCUUUACUUCUUGCUUCAGCAGAGACAGCGUGAUGUUGAAUUUAGAGAUUCUGCUAAUGAUCAGAGACAACGACUAUUAUCUGAUAUAUCAAGAUUGGAGGCCAAAGUUGAGAGACUUGAAGGACAGCUGCAAGCCAAAGACAGGGAGAUAGCAACAAUUACUAGAACGGAAGCUAAGAACACAGCAGCUCUCAAGGCCCAAAUUGAGAAGCUCCAACAAGAACGAGAUGAAUUUCAAAAAAUGGUUCUCGGUAAUCAGCAAGUAAGAACUCAGCAAAUGCAUGAGAUGAAGAAGAAGGAAAAAGAAUACAUAAAGUUACAAGAGAGGUUAAACCAAGUAUUGAUGGAGAAGAAGAAGGAAUCUAGGUCAGGCAUGGAAAUAAUGAAUUUGCUUCAGAAAGAAGGGAGGCAGCGUGGAACGUGGAAUGGGAAGAAGGCAGACAAUGAUUUUUAUAAAAAGAUUGUGGAUGCUUAUGAAGCCAAGAAUCAAGGACUAGUGGCUGAGAAUGCUGAUUUAAGAGCCUUGCUAAGAUCAAUGCAGGGGGACAUGCGUGAGUUCUUAAAUGCUCCUAAUGGGCCAUCAAAGCAAUCGCUUACUGCCGAUGAAAGAGGUGAAAGUGAUCCUUCACGAUCUCCAUUGGUUGGGAGGACGGAUGUCUUCGACCUACCUUUUCACAUGGCCAGAGAUAAAAUAGAAGAAAGCCUUCGUAACAAGAUGUCUUCCAUAAAGGAGCGAAUGGUUCAGUUGCAAGAUGCUCAGAAAGGAGCAGAAGUUUCCUCAGAAGCAACUGAGAGGGAACUAGAGCUUGAAGCUCAACUUGUUGAAGCGAGGAGCAUCAUACAGGAGCAGGCUUCCAUAAUGUCUAAACAUCUUGCCAAGUCUGAGAGGCCAAGGCAAUCGGUCAUCUCAUCACCUGCUGAGGCAGUGUGCAACUAGGAAUGCUGUGGCCGCUAGUUUAGUUAUUGACACACGAUUAAUCAAGUCAACACUAUCAUAAUGUGUAACUAACCAAUGUUGCCCUUGAUUGUGUUGACAAAGCCCACCCCGAGGCUGAGGUGUAAGGUGUAAUAUCGUUGUAAUUAUUAGUAUGUUGUAAUUAAUUAAUGUUAUCGCAUCUUUGGAACUGCUUAGAGAAGAAAAGAUAUUCAUGUGUCACAAGUAUUACAAUCAAAUUUAAUAGCAUUUCAUUUUGCA